GACAAGCAGGAGCGCAGUAACAGUCUGCGUGACUCCCCGACCGCAACGCAUCUCUGUCCCACCACUGGGCUGCUUUCACACUACAUCGUUUAAAGAGGAGAAAAAGAAGGAGACUGCUGCUGCAAAACAGAAGCCAGGUUUCCAAACUGGCUGUUUCUUCCUUCGUGACAUGGUUUAAUAACUAAGUUUCUGUGCAAAAGCGGAGGACAGGAGCGGAACUUUCAGGAGACCUUUCCUUGCACAGGAGUAGUAGCAGGAGCACCACCCCAGAAGGUCACAUCUGCAACCGGCUCCUUUUUUGUGUGUGUCUGCUACCCGGCUUCGGAGGUGGAUGGUAUGGUAUAACUUUUCCGCUCCAGUCGAACUGAGCGGCCGGUGUCACAGAGGAGCUGUUUUCCGCUAGUGGAGUGGGGAUGCGAGUCUCUUCUCUGUCUCGGAUAGCGGAGCGGCUAUGAGGAGAGAGGUUCACCUGCUGGGCUAACAGAACAAGACCACACCGCACCAACAGAAUGCGGGAACGGGGUCCUUGCAUUUGUGGAGUAGGUGUGUGGAGUCUGCUGCUAUCUCUUUGUCUGGCCUCCCUCACACAUGCACACAGAAGCCACACAGUGCAUGUGAAGGCGGGGACGUGUGAGGUGAUUGCUGCCCAUCGCUGCUGCAACAAGAACAAGAUCGAGGAGAGAUCUCAGACUGUCAAAUGUUCCUGCUUCCCUGGACAGGUCGCCGGCACUACUCGGGCCAUGCCGUCCUGCGUCGACGCCUCCAUUGUAGCUCAGAAGUGGUGGUGUCAGAUGCAGCCAUGCAUGGAAGGUGAGGAGUGCAAGGUGCUCCCAGAUCUGACAGGAUGGAGCUGCAGCACAGGCAACAAAGUCAAGACCACAAAGGUGACCCGAUAGUCCCGCCCAUCUCUAGAGGAGCGUUAGAGAACGGCGGUGGAAGUACUUACACAGCACAACGGACUUAUAAAAUCGUAAGGAAAUGGACUCUGAUGGACAUCAGUGAGGAACCAGUGAUUUUUCCUGUGGACAUUCAAAAAACGAUGACUGACGACGCAGGACUGCUCGCCAUCUUAAGCAGAGCUGAGUGUCCUCGGGCCUUCACUGCAAAAGACUCAGUCACCCACAAUUCUUUACUGCUUCUGAAAACAAAGUGAACUCCAACCUAAAUGGCACUUGAUUAGAUGAUGAAAAAAACAUCUUUACAACAAACUAUAUUCUUUAUCUCUCUUCUAUGGCUAAGUUGUGUUCCAUAUGCAUACUGGGAAUUGCAGAAACUUGACUCUAGACAGCUAUUCUGUAUUACAAAACUAGCUAAAAAGAGGGAGUGGAUCCAGAAUGCUUGCCUCAUGUAGUCUGGAUGACACAUUUAAAUUUAACUGUGCCACACAUGACACAUUUAAUGCUGUCAAAAUGUUUCUGAAACUGAACCUCUUCUUUAUUCAGAUUUCACCUCCAUACGAAUAUUUUACCUUAAAUAGUUUGUUGCUUACCACACAUGCCAUUUUUUAAAAUGCAGAGACAGUUUGUCAGUCUUCUCUUUGCUUUUGUUUUUUGACAAAGGACAAAAUCCUUUCAGGGGUGAGGUUAGACUAAUACCAAGUAGAUGUUACGGUAUAUUGAAAAAUGUAAACGUGUUUAAACAAAAAAAAAAAAAAAAGCAGUCCAUGGAAUCAAAGGGGCUAAAAAUAAAUCGAUGCUCUAAUGGUUUUAAUAUCUGUGUUUUUAAACGCCUGUUAACCGCUAUUGAGUACAUGUGUCAGUAUUAUAUUAAAUGAAUAAAACCUUUCAAAAGAAAA